CGAGCUAUGCAGACCUCUGGAAAUCUAACAGAUGAUGAAACAUCUCACACCAGCAAGCCAACAUCAACUACCGGUGUUAAGCCUUUGGACAUGAUCUUCGACCCAUUAGACCCUACAUACGCAAUUCCCGAUGUUUCCGAAGUACCCCAUACCUAUAUGGCAUUGAAGUGCAAAUCCUCAGCUAGUACUAGCCAACAAGUCUUCCAUCCCAGCACCCCAAUUGACAAUCAAGGUGAUGCUGUACUUAACGUUAGUUCCACUCUCGUCCGCAAGCAAGUGAAGACACAUUCACAUCUGAAGGAGGAGCCUACUUAUCUUAACACCGAAUGUGCGUCCAGUUAUUGUGAAAUUAGUACAGAUAUUCCGAACAUUGUUAAGGAUCCCACUGACCUAUCAAAACCCACAAAUGUAGUUACCGAUGUUUCCGAAGUACCCCAUACCUAUAUGGCAAUGAAGCCUAUAAAGAAGUACAAAUCCUCAGCUGGUACUAGCCAACAUGUCUACCAUCCCACCACCUCAGUUGACGAUCAUGGUGAUGCUGUACUUUACGUUAGCCCCACUCUCGUCCGCAAGCAAGUGAAGGCAUAUUCCAAUCUAAAGGAGGAACCUACUUUUGUGAACACCGAAGCUGCGUCAACUUAUUGUGAAAUUAGUAAAGAUAUUCCAAACAUUGUUAAAGAUCAAGCUGAGGGCCGUGAUGAUGUGUUUACAACUUACAUCUAGAGAAAGGAUAUAGAAGUGAUCAUAGUUUAAAGCAAUUGGUUAAAUCAUUACUAUUGUUAUGUUUCAUAUUCUGUCCAUGUAACGAACACAACAUGAGCAAUGUAUCUAAAUGAAAGCAAAGCUGUAAGUUUGUAACAGAUAUUCAUGAAAUUGUUAAGGAUUACUCUGAUAGCUUUGGUAAUAUUUUACAACGUCCUUCUAAAGAAAGUAAUUUAAAGGGUGCGUUGUUUACCUUAUUACUUAUCGCUUUACAAAGAAAGUCGUUAGUAUACAUUUUGCUGUUAUGUUACUGAA